CCAAAAUAAAAGCUGUGUGAAUGUAUUCUACGUGACACAUCAGCGCUCGGCUCAAACAUAUUCUUGAAGCUAAGGAAGACAAAGUUUAUUUGGACAAGAUGUGGACUAUUUUGAUGAUCGUUCUGUGCUUUCAAUACGCUGCUGGUUUUCAUUUACCUGCUGAAACGAUAUCACAGAAACUGAGUUUUUUAGAAGACGAUUUCUUUUCACAAGAAUCUACUUUAAUCAUAGAUCCUACACCAACCCCGUCAUCUGAUAUUACAGAUUAUCCUAUUGAUUUAACUACUGAACCAUCAGAUUAUACUGAUUAUCCUGCUGACAUAACUGCCCAACCAUCUGAUGUUACAGAUUAUCCUACUGAUCUAACUCCCCAGCCAUCUGAUGUUACAGAUUAUCCUACUGAUUUAACUGCUGAACCAUCAGAUUAUACUGAUUAUCCUGCUGACAUAACUGCCCAACCAUAUGAUGUUACAGAUUAUCCUACUGAUUUAACUGCUGAACCAUCAGAUUAUACAGAUUAUCCUGCUGACAUAACUGCCCAACCAUCAGAUAGUACAGAUUAUCCUACUGAUUUAACUGCUGAACCAUCAGAUUAUACUGAUUAUCCUGCUGACAUAACUGCCCAACCAUUAGAUAGUACAGAUUAUCCUACUGAUUUAACUGCUCAGCCAUCAUAUAGUACAGAUUAUCCUAUUUUUUAGACUUCAAAAAGUACAUAGUAGUUAAAACUUAUGUUACACAUUUAGAAGCACUAAAAUAAAGCUGAAUAC